AUGUACCUUUGGAAUUCGGCCAAUCUCGACAACUCGGCACUGUAUCGUCGAUCUGCUCAGCCUCAAACACCGAUAAACUCUGUCGAUGAGCAGGACAAGCUGCUGAGUGAAGCGAUGACAGUGGUCCGGGCACAAUCGUUCCAGAUGAAACGUUUUCUGGACAAGGACCGGCUAAUGGAGGCCAUGCGUUGUGCCUCAACGAUGCUAGGAGAACUGCGAACAUCGCUACUAUCGCCCAAAAGCUACUACGAGCUGUACAUGGCCAUUACGGACGAAUUGCGGCACUUCGAGCACUACCUGUUGGACGAAUUUCAAAAGGGCCGUAAGGUGCCGGAUCUCUACGAGCACGUACAGUACGCGGGCAACAUCGUUCCACGGCUUUAUCUGCUCAUUACGGUCGGUCUCGUGUAUAUUAAGACGAACAGUGCGCUGAAGCGCAGCAUCCUGAAAGAUUUGGUGGAAAUGUGUCGCGGCGUACAGCAUCCCUUGAGAGGUUUAUUCCUGCGUAACUAUCUGCUGCAAUGUACGCGCAACAUCCUGCCGGACACGAUGAUGGUGGGUGCCUCGGGAGAUGAAAACGAGGGCACAGUGAUCGAUGCGAUCGAUUUUGUACUGACCAACUUUGCCGAAAUGAACAAACUGUGGGUGCGGAUCCAGCAUCAGGGCCAUUCGAGUGAAAAGGCACGGCGCGAGAAGGAGCGCGAAGAGUUAAAGAUUUUAGUGGGGACGAAUUUGGUCCGACUGUCACAGCUCGAAUCGGCUACGCUCGACAUUUACCAGCGGCUCAUAUUGCCCGGAAUUCUAGAGCAGGUAGUCAGCUGUCGUGAUGCGAUCGCACAGGAGUACCUUAUGGAGUGCAUUAUACAAGUGUUUCCGGACGAGUUCCACCUGCAGACGCUCGACCCGUUCCUGAAGUCAUGCGCCCAGCUGCAACCGGGCGUGAAUGUGAAAAACAUUAUCAUUUCGCUAAUUGACCGGCUGGCACUGUACAAUCAGCGCAACGGCAAGGUCACGCAGACAUCGGCGGGAACUACGGAAGUAAUUUCCGCUAUUCCGGCCGAGGUACAAUUGUUUGAGGUGUUCAGCACGCAGAUAGCGAACAUUGUUCAGCUUCGAACAGACAUGCCGAUGGAGGAUACGGUCUCGCUACAGGUAGCACUGAUCAGUUUGGCACAGAAGGUUUAUCCCGAUCGGGUGGACUACGUGGAUAAAGUGCUCGAAACUACGGCACAAAUUCUAGACCGUUUAAAACUAUCCAAUAUUUCACAUUCCUUGUCGGUUAAUCAGGAACUAUCGCGACUGUUGCGAUUAUGCAUAGAUUUCUAUAACAACAUUUUGACGAUCCUGCAGUUGAAAUAUUUUACGCCGUUGCUAGAAAAAUUCGAUUACACGUCCCGAAAGGCACUCGCCCUGUUCAUCGUGAUGAACAUCCUCGAGAAUGAGACGCUAGUUCCCACGGCCGAACAGGUCGACAGCGUAUUGGCGAUCAUAGCCCCGCUGAUUCGCGAUCAAGACGAUCAACCAGCGGACGUACGUGUCAACAUGGAAGACUUUGCCGAAGAUCAGGGAAUAGUUGGAAGGUUCGUGCAUUUGCUACGCUCGGACGAUCCCGACACGCAGUACAAGAUACUGAUUGCCGCCCGCAAGCACUUCGGUUUGGGAGGACAGCAACGCAUUCGGUACGUUUUACCGCCUCUCGUGUUCCAAGCAUACCAGCUGGCGUACAAAUACAAAUCGAUUGCGGCGGAAGACGAAAUGUGGGACAAAAAGUGCCAGAAGAUUCUACAAUUUUGUCACAGCACGAUUGCCGUGUUGGCGAAAUCGGAGUUGCCCGAGCUGGCGCUGCGAUUGUACCUGCAGGGUGCAUUGUGCAUCGGGCAGAUCGCUUACACCAAUCAUGAAGCCGUUGCGUACGAUUUUAUGACACAGGCAUUUUCUCUCUAUGAGGAUGAAAUUUCCGACUCGAAGUCCCAGUUCGCUGCCAUCACGCUUAUCAUCUCAACGGUCGAACAAAUGACCUGCUUUUCAGAAGAAAAUGCAGAACCUUUGCGCACAAGUUGUGCUCUGGCCGCAUCGAAGCUGCUUAAAAAACCCGACCAAUGUCGAGCGGUGGUCACAUGUGCCAGUCUGUUCUGGAGUGGAAAGCAAGGUGGUCAAGAAUUGCGUGACGAAAAACGAACGCUGGAAUGUUUGAAAAAAGCGGCCAAGAUUGCAUCACAGUGCCUGGACGUGGGUGUGCAACUUCAGUUGUACGUGGAGCUGUUAAAUCAUUACAUUUUCUACUUCACCCGGGGAAAUACGCAAAUCACCGUAUCAAUGCUUAAUCAGUUGAUAGCGAAAAUCAACGAAGAGCUACCAAAUUUGGAACCCACGGAAGAAACCAAGCAAAUCGAAAUGCAUUAUCAGAACACGUUGGCACACAUUCGCAGUCGGAUGGAAUCGACCGACGCUGGACUAGAAGCGUCGUUUGCUGGCAUUACGUUGAAUUAG